GGCCUCCCUCCCUUUGUCUGCUUCAGUGUUCAUGCUUAAGAAAGCUGCAGAGGAAAUUCUGUGUUUCUAACAAAAUGGGUUCCUGGCAGCUUUUGGUGUUUGGCUUUGUUCUUGCCUGUGUCGGGCUUAGUGGCGCUAGAUUCCUGAGUUUGAGCAGGCCAACCUACUUUGGAGUUGAAAUGGAAAUAGAGCCAGAACCUGAGAGAGAGCACUCCAGGGAGUCUGUUCAGCACGCUGACAGCCUGCAGGCAAAGCAGAUCCAGCCAGGAGAACAAACUCUCUCCUGGAGGUUUCCUAAGGAUCCAGUGGAAACUGUGAGAAAGGCCCCUGUGAACUUUUCACCCAGGCAGCCGGUGAACACCAACCGUAUUGCAGUGAGGUGUGGGGAGAGCAGGGUCCAGGUGGAGGUGAGCCAGGACCUGCUGGGCCGGGGCAGGCUGAUAAAGCCGGAGGAGAUCACCCUCGGUGGUUGUUCAGCCACUGAGGUCGACAACUUGGCUCAUGUGCUCGCCUUUGAGAGUGAGCUGCACGGCUGUGGCAGCACACUAGUGAUGAGAGAGAAUUCCUUCAUUUAUGCUUUUGCACUGGUCUACAACCCCAAAGUGUCCAGCAGGAGUCCCAUCGUGAGGAGCCAGAGCGCUGUCAUUGGAGUGGAGUGCCACUACCCGAGAUGAGCUGAGAGCUGGACCGACCUGCAGAAACCCACUUGAAUUUACUUUAAAAAAAAAAGAAAAAGUUUUAUGUUUAAUAGCAAAGCACAAUAAAAGUUUUAAUGUCUAAACACACUGGUUCUUGCCUGACUUAGGCCAUAAACUAAAGGAGACACAAACACAUGAUUGCAUUUCCCAACAGAAUCUGAUGGGUCGAAAAGAAAAUGGUACAACACCUUAUGUGUUCAGCACUCUACUGUGUGGCACAAUAUCAGGCCAGAUGAGUGUCUGUCAGCUAGGUGUGUAUUUUGUUAACCCUAAAUGCACAAGUAUGAAUCCACCUUUACUUUAUUUAAAAUGUGUUUUUACUCUUUAGGAUUAGCCCAUAAAAAAUACAUUGUUUGCUGAAGCUGCCCCACUUAUUGAUGAAUAUCACAUCGUAAAGCCAAUGUCAAUUUGUAUAUGCUUUAAUAUGGUUAAACUAGCCCCUGGUUUACACGGAUAGGACAUUGUUGGAAUUGCUUAUGGUUUCACAAAAUUGAAGAAUGGGCAACCCAUUUUCAGCAACUAUUGUUAAAAAUCACAAGUCUCCUCUCUACCUGCAUCACCAGGCGGUCAAGAUAGACCACUCCAAGCCUGUAUAACCCCGCCCUUUCAGGCCUGUCACUCCUUUCUUUCCCUCCAAAAACGGCAGGCAGAACAAAGGAAAGGACUGAGUUUUCACAUGGACUUUACACCUGUUUGUACCUUGAAUAUUUGACAUAAAAUAUUUAGAUUUCAGAAUAAACAGAUUGUUUUUGUUACUUGUUUUGCUAGAUCCCAAAUUAUGUUUUCCUCUGUGAGGAAAAGGCAGCAAUUUAUUUCUGUGGAU